UUUCACAGACAGCACGGUGAAGUGAGGAGGCGAACUUGUGAUGGCCAGUAGAGAUGAAGAUAGUGGACACCAUCUGGUCAUGGCCACUUCCAGUGAGCCAUCUGAAGGUCACAUGGAAACUUCCAAUGAGGUAUCUGAAUUUCGCGUUGCUACUUCUGGUGAGUCAUCUGAAGGUCACAUGGCCGCUUCCGGAGAGCAGUCUGAAAGUCACAUUGACAUGUUAGCUUUGAGAGGUGACUUGCCAGUUCCUGAUAUUGACAUAUCCAGUUCAGAUGAGGAAUAUCUUACAGCAGAGGAUGACUCUGGUAGCAGUGGAGUCAGUUCAGACGAGGAACAUGAAGGUCACUUGGUACCCGCAGGUUCAGCUGAGCACAGGGAGGUCCUUGAGCUGGAGAGCCAAGCAAUCACACUAAGUACAGGUGAACAGCGUUCAGGGAACGCCCAAGCUGCCAACAUGAUCAACAUCGUCACUGGAGGGGCAGGACAAGGAACACUGGGGAGAGGUGAGUGUUGAUGGAGGAAGGGUCAGUAAGUGACUAGAUCUUGUUCAAGACUGUUACCAUUCUCAGUUUCUCAGGGACAGAAUCUGUGCAUACCACCAUGUUGUUUCCCUGGUCCUACCUGUCACCCACAUGGAUUGAAAUGUUUGAUAGAAGAAUACAUCGUAUAUAAACUCCUGAUGUAUUGACAUAUCUUGCAAAACUAAUGAAUCUUGAAUCAUGUAUCUGUAUAUAAAACAACUAGUACACACCCUGUGUCAAUUUUGCUGUGCUUUCACAACUGAUACCACAAGCUUUUGUCAGUGAAUAAGCAUGUUGGUGUUUUGUGUUCAGUUCAAAGUAGUCUUAAAUGUGGAGUUGAAAUAUCACUUUCUUUGGAUGAGACUUAUAACAACUGAGGGAUGUUCCACACACAACAGAAAUAAGUGAAUACUUUGUCGUUUUAUGUUUACACCGAAGUCUUUGCGGGGAUGGUAAAAACUUUUUUCCCCUUCACAGAUAACCUUGAUUUGCGCACAGAUGAAGCAAGGAAGAUUUUUGCUCCAACUGAAGCCUACAGAAAAGUGAAACAGAAGUUGAAGGAAUUUGGUCAUGUGACUAUCUGUGGCGCUUCAGGAGAAGGCAAGACAACAAUGGCUCUGAUGCUGGGUUCACAGUAUAGACAAAAGGGGUACGAGGUCGUGUUUGUGGACAGCCUUAAGAAGUUUGACUUUGACCGAUGUCUUAAUACUUACUCAAGAGUAUUUCUGAUUGUAGACGAUUUGUUUGGUACAGUUGGAGUAUCUGCUAAUACUUCACAGGUUAAAAACUUUCUGAACAAUCUUCUCCCCCAUUUAGAACAAAAGCAGAGAGCAGAAGAGAAACGGUCAGAAUUGAGUGAAAACAGUGAUGCUGGUGAAAAUUCAGAAACAAAGUGCAAAGUUUAACAGAAUCUCAAACAAAGGACAUUCAUGUUGUCUUCACAUCAAAAUCUUACAAUUUCCAUGAUGGACUUGCAAAACUGCAGUAUGAGGGUUUCAAAUUGUUCAAGGGUCAGACAGUAGUGGACUUAACAAAACAA